UCUGUUGGUUUGUGUGUUGCUCUCUAUUAUUUGAUGUUCCUCUCCUCCGAAUGUCCGUCUGUCCGUCCGUUCGUUCGCGAUUCGCGUGAUUAUUUUAUGUCCGGCCGCGAGCUUCUCUGUUGUAUCAGUUGACAUUUGACUUUGCAACGGUUCGGUCGAUUUUUUUUUUGAAAAAGAGAAUCGCGCGCAGGUCAUCCCUUUUCUGCGCUGGACGACACGGUUCAGGCAGUGAUCGUUCUAUGUUGUGCCGGGGAUUCAUUGUGAGAUAAUUGAGUGCAUUUUAAAUCAGUUUAAUCCGCUUGCGUAGUAGAGUGUGCUGGGAGUGAGUUUUGGAGCAAAGAAAAAAGAAGGCGAACUCGGCUGGACGAUUGCGCCUAAAGAUUUGAGUGGUUUUCCAGGUGCAGAAAUUGGCGCAAUAGUGUUUUUCGAAGGGAUUAAUUGCUUGGAAAGGCGGAGUAGCUGAAGUGCUGAGGAUUUUCUAAUAGAGUAAAAGAUGCUCCGAGCAAUCCUGUCAUCCGCAAUAUUUUUGCUCCUCGCAAGUAGGGCAUUUUGCAGCUCAGUUCUCGUAGCCGAUUUCCGCAUGACCAGAAUGGUCGAGCUGAGCAGUCGACCACCGUACUGUAAGGUUCACUCGGAUCGAGGCGACAUCCAGCGGAUGCUGUUGGCCUUUGACACGAAAAAGGUUCGACAGGUGCCGCGCGAGUCGGUGGCCUCACUGGAGGAGGUCUGCAACGAGGCGAGUGGAAUUUCGGGUGAGCUGCAGGGCGGGCUCGGAUUCAUCUACCCCGGAACCAAGUGGUGUGGGCCAGGAGACAUUGCGGCCAACUAUUCUGACGUGGGCCGGUACGCGGACGAGGAUCGGUGCUGCCGCGAGCACGACAUGUGUCCAAACAUUCUGCUGCCCGGAGAGUGCCGGCGCGGCCUGUGCAACCGGGGAACCUUCACCAGAUCGCAUUGCGAUUGUGACGCAAGAUUUAGAAGAUGUUUACAAAAUCUCAACACCGAAACUUCAAACACUUUGGGGGCCGUUUUCUUCAACGUGGUCCAGGUGACAUGCUUCAGCGAGAGACGCCCGUGUUCAAUUUGGCAGAGCCCCGAGGGUCACUCUACAGCCGCAGAGUCGUGCCCGCUGCAGUUCUACGCGUCCGACUAUUACGUGCCACCUUAUCUGCAGCCCCAGCCCGACCUCUUCUACUACCAAAACUCUCUCAAGCGGUCGUUUGAUCCAAAGCCCUACGAAGACGUCAACAAACAGCAGCUGAGGCGGGAGUCGUUGAACUUGAUUUCGAGAAACUUGGUCAAAGAUAUGUUUAUCCGGCCGUUGAAUGGGUUCAUUAAGUACUACCUCACUGCCAAGUCCGUUGUUUACGGCUAGAGGGAUCGGACUCUUGGGACGAUGAUCAGCUGUUGACGGCCGGACAUUGGAGCGAGGAUGGAGGGGGGGACUUCAACUCUGUACUCUUAGAAUAGCCUUUUUUUUCAUGAGACUGAUUGGCCGAUGAGCACUGCACCAAGGACGCUGGUGCUUGUGAGUGCCACUAGAAUGUGUAAGAAACCUUAGAUUAGACAAAAACUAGCGAUUUGCUGAUCUUCCAGCGAUUGGCAUUGAUUUGAUUUAGCAUUUUUGUUCGUGAUUUUAGAAAGCACCAACCUUAACAUAAUUCAGUAUUAUGAUUUCAUAGCGUAAGUAGACUAGAACAAGUUAAAUUUUAACAUAUCUUUCAGUCCAAACUUCUUCAUCUUCAGAUUACACCGACAACAUAUUUUACGCAUUUUCAAUUCUAGGGGUUGUUUUUGCUUGGAAGUUCCUAGAACCAGUUCCAAUUUUAAAUUUUGCCAUGAAAAUUUGGGAGAACCAACUGGUUAUCUAAAAAAAUAUUUUUUUUUAAUUGAGACAGUUUGAAUUUUUGUUUGGGUAGACUUUUAUUUUUAAAACUUUGUAAAUAACUCGAAAAAUAUCAUGUAACAUAAAAACAACUCUUCAACUUUAGAGUACCUAAUAAAUAAACGAGUCAAGAUGAAGAUGUCCGAAGUUUACCAAAAUUGUUAGUCACUGCCGCUUCGCUGCUGUUUGUGGAUAUAAAUGUAAAAAGCUUCAAUGAUAAAAUUGAGUUCAAAUUUGUGAUUCAUUUUACAAUUGGGUUGGCUUCAACGAGUCCGAGGCGGACGAGCUGUGCUCCCGUUGGAAAUUUCGACCCAGUGAGAAGUUUAUGUCUGUAGCCCAGCAAAAGCAAAGCAAUGGUUAAUGC